AGUCGUUCGAGGUGAAAAACUUUUCCUCUCCGCUCCUCGGGUAAGAGGGUUGCGGAGCGGGUCUUCGACAAAUGGGACGGAGAGGGUUGAAUUAAGUGGCGGACGACUGUCUUCGUCGCAACGAUCGUUCGUUUUCCGCUUCGUCGAGCUGGACGCACGUUUUCCUACUUCCCGGCGCCAGUAAAGUCGCUUCGACGGAUUCCUAACCUAUACGUCAGUAAAACACCUUCUUCACGACCAUGUCGGCGAAUAUAAAGAUAGGGACGCACGAUGGUCGUUUUCAUUGCGACGAGGCGCUAGCUUGCUUCCUUUUGAAGAUGCUACCGCGAUACAAAGACGCAGAGAUUAUCAGAUCACGAGACUUAGAUGUUUUAAAUACUUGCGAUGUGGUAGUUGAUGUUGGCGGGAAAUAUGAUCCUUCUACUCACCGUUACGAUCAUCACAUGAGAGAUUUUAAAGAAUCAGUGAGUACAGUCAUAAAGAAACCUGGAUAUGACUGGACAACAAAAUUAAGCAGUGCUGGAUUGAUUUUUUGCCAUUUUGGCAAUGAGAUUAUUAAACAAUUAUUUCCAAAUGUGAGUGAUGACAACGUGGAAUGGAUUUUUAAAAAAGUUUAUAAUGCGUUCAUUCAAGAAAUCGAUGGUAUUGAUAAUGGAGUGCCAAUGUUUGAUGGAAAGCCUGCAUAUCGCAUUGUAACUGAUUUGUCUUCUCGUGUCGAUUAUUUAAAUCCUUCGUGGAAUAGUGAAGGCAUUGAUACUGACCAACAGUUUUUAAAGGCAAUGGAACUCACUGGUAAAGACUUUUUGCAGUAUAUAAAUCACAUAGUAAAUAUUUGGUUACCAGCUAGAUCUAUUGUGGAAGAAGCUAUCCAAGAUCGUUUCAAGGUAGAUCCAAGUGGGGAAAUUAUAGUAUUAUCUCGAUUAGCACCAUGGCAACAACAUUUGUUUGCGUUAGAAAAAAAAUUGAAGUUAGAACCCACGUUGAAGUAUGUUAUUUGGGGAGAAUCUGGCGACUAUCGAGUUCGAGCUGUUCCAGUAAAUGCUUCCAGUUUUGUCUGCAGAAUAUUUUUACCGGAACCAUGGGCAGGUCUCAGAUGCAAGGAUCUAGAAGUUGCCAGUGGAAUCGAAGGCACCCUGUUUGUGCAUACAGUGAGAUUUAUUGGCGCACAUAAGACGAGAGAUGGCGCUAUAAUGAUGGCGCGUAAAUCGCUUGAAAUUGCGAAGGCAGGAUCGAGUUAACGAUUGCAUUUUAAAUUUGACUAUCUGUAUUAUGUACAAUAAUAAUACAAUUGACUGAUAAGAAAUAA